AUGAUGAGCGAAAUGGACGCGCCGCCGACGUCCCGCCUGCGUCGGCGCAGCUUCUUCGAAGGCAUGGAGAACGAGAGCACAACCACCGAGAGCAUCACGCUGAACGAAAUCGACUUGGCGUCCGCGGCGUCGGCGUCUGGGGCGGUCGAUCAGGGCGAGAGCUACGGAGCAGCUAAUUCGCCCCUAAAACCGGGCAAAGUGAGCCCCAGCAAGCCUAAAACGUCGAUGGAGGACUCGGAUUUAGGUUGCGCUAAGGAAGGCUCUCGGAUGCAACAAGUGCUCAAGUUGCUGCAAGACGUGGGGGUGCGAGUGGCGACAUGGCUUCAGUUGCCCUAUGUUGCGUGGGCCGCGAGGUUCCCCGCCGCGGCCUCCAAGGUGGAGCAGUGGAGACUCAAGACCGCGUGGCUCGUUGUGAGUCCCAAGGACUGGAUCAAGCGCUGGAAGGGGGACCCCACGGCCCCAGUCAAGUACUGGGUCUACCCGACCCACUGGCUCACGUACGCCUCCGUCAGUCUGGUGCUGCUGCAGAUCCUCAUCUUCUGGAAGUUCCAGACAGUGUCGCUGGACCUGCGGGUCCAUGAGUGUGUGUUCAGGGAGAGACUCCUGGCCUCGGCCGAUCUGAUGCAGCCCGGUGCAGUUUCGAGCGUUCGGGCUCAGCCUGCCGCUGCCGCGCUGAGGUUCCUGGAGCGUCGCUUCGAGCAGCAAUACAGCCCGGGAGCUAGGCAACCGGGACAGGCAAGACUGCCGUGGACUUGCCUUGCUGUGAUUCCGACUGGAAGUGACAACGCCAUGGCUCAAGCUACGGAGCUGGCGUUCUUGUGGCCGCGGAGUCAAGUGGUGGCUGCCAAUGCGCACGCCAAGGUUGCGAGCAGGGUUCACGUGGCGAUCGGAGCGAGUCCGCUGGAUAGGGCGACGGAGACGGCAGGUGCUACAUCGGCGGGAGUCUUCGCAGCGAUGUUCCCGUUGAGUGCAAUGCGACCGGCACUCUUUGCACCGAGAUUCCCGGAUUUGGUGCUGGUGAAGACGGAGUUCGCGUUGAGACAGAUGCUGAAGUUUCGACAGGAGAGACAGGAAGAGCGCGAGCAUCGAGGGCGAGCAGGUGUUAAGGCGGCGAACGGCUUGGGCAGGACGUCGCCGGCGGAUAUGGGGACUUUGGACUUGGCGGCGAGUCACUUUGGUGUGUAUUUGCUGAAGACAUCGGUGCCGGACAUCUACAAUCGCCACAUUCGCAAGAAAUGGGACGAUUUUCUGCACGUUGUUGUGGUAGGCGAUGCCGACAAGAAGGAACAGUUCACGGAAGAGUUGCUGUCCGCGUGGGUGGCGCACCCAGAGUGGCCCAUGCUUCACGUCCGAUUCCAGCGAUCGAUGGCGCUAUGUGGGUCGUUCCAGCGCGUGCUAAGCAGCAUGCUGAAGGAUUACGAGGCCAACGCCGAAGCAGCGGAGGCAGCUGAGGCUGCAGCUAACCCGGAUGGAGCUGCUGAGGAUUGGCUGGAGGGUCUUGAUAGCCCCAAGAAGCAAGGCAAGAGGCCGCAGAAACGUCAGCUUAAUGUGGAUCUAGUGUGCGAAGAGGAAGCCAACUCACCUGAGGAGAUCACGAGACUCAAGAACACAAUCGGCAUUCACCUGUUCCCGGUGCCUCCUGAGGUGGAGAAAUACGAGGACACGGUGCUUGAGAGCGCCGCGGUUGGCGCUGUCACGGUGACAUAUAACACCCCAAUCAUGCAAGAAUGGGUGCCGGAUAGCUGUGGUCUACGCCUACCGUCGGUGCACGUGACUUCCAGCGAGAUCGAGCAGGCCGCCGACCAGUUGUUGAAGCUGGACCGAGUCAGUCGAGUGGCUGCAGGACGCGCUGCCCGCGUUCACUACCUGCGCAUGCGCACACACUACUUGUCAGCCGUGGCAGCGCUAGAUGCGGCCGUGUGCGAAGGAGACAGUGAUGACAUGGCUGAGACACAGAGCGAAAUCGGGCAGCAUAGACGCAGGAAGGUAGAGGUCGAGACACUGCGAGCGUUCUUGUACUAA